AUGAGGAAGGACGCUUCGCCGCCGGUCUCCACUACCUCCUCCGCCGUCGGGAGAUUCUUCGUCUGCUUCGAGACGAAGCCUUUGGUCGCUACAUUGGUCGCUCUCACUCUCGUCAUGCUCAUUUGGAACCUUCCUCCUUACUACCACAACCUAAUCUCCACCGCUCGUCCCUGCUCCGCCGCCGUUGCGACCGUAACCACCACCGGAACGUCCCUCGCCUCCGCGGCGUCGGUGAAUUCGAGUGGAAGUACUACUCCUGGGUCGUACUCGCAGAAGUACUACUCCGUCGCCGUGAAGCCCUCAGAUCCGAACAAGCGUGUUUUCCAGCCGCUUGGGAACGCGGCGGCGCUGUUCGUGCUGAUGGGAGCUUACCGCGGAGGUCCGACGACGUUUGCGGUGGUCGGACUGGCGUCGAAGCCGAUCCAUGUUUUCGGGAAGCCAUGGUUUAAGUGCGAGUGGAUUUCUAACAAUGGAUCAUCGGUUCGAGCUAAAGCGUACAAGAUUCUCCCAGAUUGGGGCUAUGGUCGCGUCUACACCGUCGUCGUCGUCAAUUGCACAUUCGCGACGAACCCUAACGCCGGAAACUCGGGCGGUAAGCUCUUGAUCAACGCCUACUACGACGAAUCCCCGAGGAAGUUCGAGCGAUUCACGGCGCUUGAAGAACUCCCCGGAUCAUACAACGAAUCCAGAUUCUCUCCGCCGUAUCCGUACGAAUACCUCUACUGCGGCUCGUCGCUGUACGGAAACCUGAGCGCGGCGCGUAUGCGGGAGUGGAUGGCUUAUCACGCGUGGUUCUUCGGAGAGAGGUCGCACUUCGUCUUCCACGACGCCGGCGGAGUGUCACCGGAGGUCAGGGCGGUUCUGGAGCCGUGGAUCCGAGCCGGGAGGGUCACGGUUCAGGACAUUCGCGACCAAGCCGCGUACGAUGGCUACUACUACAACCAGUUCCUGAUCGUGAACGACUGCUUGCAUCGGUACCGACACGCCGCGAAUUGGACGUUCUACUUCGACGUCGAUGAGUACAUUUACUUGCCCGGUGGGAACACGCUCGAAUCGGUGCUCUCCGAGUUCUCGGAUAACACUCAGUUCACAAUUGAACAGAACCCCAUGUCCAGUGUCCUCUGCUUGAAUGAUUCAGCUCAAGAUUACGCCGGGCAAUGGGGAUUCGAGAAGCUGCAGUUCAGGGAAUCCAGAACGGGUAUACGCCGCGACAGGAAAUACGCGAUUCAGGCCAAGAACGCUUAUGCUACAGGCGUACACAUGUCCGAGAACGUGGUCGGCAAGACUCUACACAAAACCGAGACAAAUAUUCGUUAUUACCACUACCAUAACACCAUAACCGUGCACGAGGAGCUCUGCAGGGAGCUGUUACCAGUGUCGGCCAAGAAGAAGGUGACGUUGUUCAACAAACAUCCUUACGUCUACGACGACAACAUGAAGAAGCUCGUGAAGACGGUGAGAGAGUUCGAGCAGAGAACCCUUGGGACAAACAACAACAUCGUGAAGAAUUUCUCGUGACAGGAAGAAGAACUCGGGGAUCUAUAUGUCAGGGACUAUUACCAGGUUUGUCUCUCCGUUUAGUUUUGUCUAUAAAGGUAGAGGUUGUUUCUUUUACUUUUGUAUCAUCCUCUUGCCUCCAUAUCUCCUUCCUAUUCCAUUCAUAACUUUGAAAAAUUUUUCUUUUUGUGAUUUAGUCUGUGUUUUCAGCUGAAAUACAUAAAAGUUUCCAGAUUUUUUUUCA